CGCCGCGACCGAAGCGAAGCCGUUACCCACAGCAUCCAGCAUCCGAUUGGCUCAUCUCAUUCGGCCCUCGAAGGCUUCCAACGCGGCGACAGUGGUCCAGUUAAUCGUCGAGUUUCGAUCCCAUCGGUUCUGGUUUUCUUCUGGACUUCCUUGGGCCGCGUUCUGUGUGUGUGUGUCUGUGACUCUGGGGGCAGAUAAUCCAUGUGAAAGGGAACAAGACCAGAAGAAGAGGCGACUCUGAUUUGUACUGCCGCCUAUCGAUUUGAAACCGCGCGGAAUACUAGAGCUGAGGAACUGUCCGACGGCCGGAGUUCACGGAUUUGUUCGUCGGGGUGCACGCUUCCGGUUGGCCUACUUGGAUGUGGUGCGGAUGAAAAGAGUUUAGAACGGCGCGAAGUAACGUCCGAUUAGUCGGUUAACGGUGUUCGAUCGGGGUGUUCGGUUCGGGGCGAACUGCCGGAAGUCUGUUUAGUAGUGCUCCGCGGAGUGGUAAAAAGUGAGGGUCCUUGACUCGACAACAGCCGCUGCAGCAGCAUCAGCUAGUGUUGUAGCCAUACGAGAAAGCGAGUUUCUGACGCAGUGCAAAGAGGAAAACGAGCAAAAACGGGCAUCGGCGUUGUCGGUCGUCGUCAUUGGAGUGGAUUCUGUAGCGCUUUCAAUACUCCUAGGGCUACACGCCGAGGGGCUUGUGGAGAGUGGGGAACGAGCGGUCACACGAAAAACGACACUCGCAUAUAUGAUGAGGAAAAAUGGAAAAUGCAUUUUAGGAUCGCAUCCCGACAGCAGUGGCUAAAGCAGCAGCAGAAGCAACAUCCGCAGACUGGUGGAAGACGGAAGUGAAAGAGAAAGAUGCAGGGGCUUCAGGGUGGUGUGUGUAGAGAUGUUGUGUCAUUUUGUGAAUGAAAAUCGAUAUUGCUGUGGUGUGUCGUGUUGCCUCUGGUGGGCCUAUUGAGGGGCUUGCGUUCGAGAUUGUGUGAUUUUGCUGGUGGCCCUCUGGAGUACCCCUGAACCGGGUGGCGAGAAAUAAUGAAAUUUGAGGCAAACUUUAGUUGCACCCAAGUGGCUGCGACGUAUCGCGAACUGUAGCGUGUUUGCAUUCCAUGGACCGGAAACUCGACGAGCUGCCACCACCGACGGAGAGUGUGUGUACCGCGUUAAUAAUUUGUUGUUUUCCUCAAUUUUCCCAGCUCGGUUUUGGUGUUGUUUUCCGAGUCAUCCGUGCAUUAUUGAUGGUGGUGCCGUUCUCGAUGUUCGCGUCCGCGUAAAAUUACUGUAGUGAAGGGGAGCGAAUGUGACCCCAUUUUCGACCGAUCGAAACGACCGCAUAGACGGCCCUACAGGAGCAAUCUACCCAUCGGAAGAAUCCUGAUUGCUUGAAUCUUAAGCUCGGUAUAUCGAUUGGAAGCCGAUCAAGUCCUUAUCAAUUGAGGUGUUUUGUGAUAGUGAUCUAUCUGUGAAAUCCACUUUAGAAAUGGCGCUGCUUACUCUACUAUCAACGUUGAAAUUCGUCGGCUUUCGAGAAAAUGUAAAGUUAUGAUGCAGUGUUUGCCUACCUUAAAUCAAUAAGAUUUUCCAGCCUAACCUUUAAAAAACUACUCGAAUACACAGAAAACACUUCGCACUCUGACCCCUGCACCCUUCAAAAGAUAAAUACAAACCUAAACUGACUGACAGCAAACAAUAACUCCCAGGAAAAUAAAACAGUGAAGCACAACCACUUUCAAAGUCUACAACUCUCCAUCACUCUAUCUGUCAAAACUCUCUAUAUCUGUCACAGUAAAACACACAGAAAAUCUAUCUAAACAACUCGCAGUUAAUAGAACCCAAGUAAAAGCUAGCUAAACGAAACCUGAUUAACUUCAAAAAGCCUAGUUACUACCGUUACCAAGCGUUACUUAAAAGUUACUUCGUUAAAACCCAGAGUUAAAUAUCGCUAACCAGUCCUAAUCUCGAAAAUAAACAACAGUAAUAAUAAACCAAGCUCCCAACAAAAAAUUUACUUAAAAAACCGGACACUCUCCAAAUAAUCCAAUUCAACCACAUCGCAGACCGCUUGGAAUCGUCGUCAACCUCCGAAGUCUUAUGAUCCAACUCCCCGGCCAUUACUAAGUGGAUCGAGCAGUAGUGGUCGCGCCGUAGAUUGGGAUGGAGUUGGUCACGACGACCGCCACCGCCAUGUUGCUGCUGACGUUGGUGGCCCUGAUGGUGCUGCUUCUGCCGCCGGGAGGGUCCUGCCAGGCGGCCACUGCCACGGCCAUGGUCGGAUACGGGAUGGUGGGUGCGGGUGCAGGAACGAGCACCAUGGCCGGAUCCAGCGGCACCGGGCUAGGAGUCGUGUACCGGUUGGGUGUGCUGGCCGGAAGGGCCCUGAUGCUGAUGCCGCCGUCGAUACUGGUGCUCGGAAUCGGAUGGAUGUGGAUGCCGCUGCAAGUUGUCAAUGCCGGUUACCACGAGAAGCGCCUUCUGCACAAUCUGCUGGACAACUACAACGUGCUGGAGCGACCGGUUGUCAACGAGUCGGAUCCACUGCAGCUGAGCUUCGGGCUGACCCUGAUGCAGAUCAUCGAUGUGGACGAGAAGAACCAACUUCUGAUCACCAACAUUUGGCUGAAAUUGGAAUGGAACGACAUGAAUGUGCGAUGGAAUUCGUCCGAGUACGGUGGAGUGCGGGAUUUGCGGAUACCGCCGCAUAGACUGUGGAAGCCCGAUGUGCUGAUGUACAACAGUGCCGACGAAGGCUUCGACGGAACCUAUCCAACAAACGUGGUCGUCCGGAACAAUGGUUCGUGCCUUUACGUGCCGCCCGGUAUCUUCAAGUCCACCUGCAAGAUCGACAUCACCUGGUUCCCGUUCGACGACCAGCGCUGCGAGAUGAAGUUCGGCUCGUGGACCUACGAUGGCUUCCAGCUUGAUUUGCAACUACAGGACGAAGCGGGUGGCGAUAUCAGCAGUUUCAUAACGAACGGCGAAUGGGAACUGUUGGGUGUCCCCGGCAAGCGGAACGAGAUCUACUACAACUGCUGCCCGGAGCCGUACAUCGACAUCACCUUCGCCAUCCUGAUCCGCCGGAAGACGCUGUACUACUUCUUCAACCUGAUCGUGCCGUGCGUGCUGAUUGCGUCGAUGGCCCUGCUCGGGUUCACACUGCCACCGGAUUCCGGCGAGAAGCUUUCGCUCGGAGUCACCAUCCUGCUGUCACUAACUGUCUUCCUCAACAUGGUGGCGGAAACCAUGCCGGCCACUUCCGAUGCUGUGCCUCUGCUAGGAACCUAUUUCAAUUGUAUCAUGUUCAUGGUGGCCUCCUCGGUCGUGUCAACGAUUUUGAUCCUGAACUACCACCAUCGGAACGCCGAUACGCACGUCAUGUCCGACUGGAUUCGUGUGGUGUUCCUGAGCUGGUUGCCCUGCAUUCUGCGGAUGAGUCGUCCCGGAGAACCGUUUCCUCAUCCUUGCCGGCAGUCCGUCGACGAGAAGAACAAGCAACUGCAGGAGGUGGAAAUGCGAGAAAGAUCCUCCAAGUCGCUGCUGGCCAACGUGUUGGACAUUGACGACGACUUCCGGUGCAACCAUCGGUGCAGCACCCUGCCGCACAACCCGACCUACUACCGGACGAUGUACCGCCAGGGCGAUGCCGAUGGGGGCGUAGGGCCGCUGGGAACCGGCACCGAUACCAUUGGGCGCAGUGCCGGAGGGCUGGGCACGAUCAGUGCCGCUGGCGGAGGUCGCCUGCACGAAACCGUUUCCUCGCACACCUGUCUGAGUUCCUCGGCCGAGUACGAGCUGGCACUGAUACUGAAGGAGCUGCGGUACAUCACCGAUACGCUUCGCAAGGAGGACGAAAGUGGCGACGUCACUCGUGACUGGAAGUUUGCCGCCAUGGUGGUCGACCGCUUGUGCCUUAUCAUCUUCACGCUGUUCACGAUCAUCGCCACGCUGGCUGUAUUAUUCUCGGCACCCCAUUUCCUUGUAUCAUAACAACCAUCGCCAUCAUCGCUAUCAACAUCGACACCAACCACGACAACAGCGACAGCGGCGGCGGCAGCGGCAACUCCAGCAAUUCAAACGACAACUCCGGCAACUACGAUCGAAAGCUCUCUAGAAACCCCAUCGGCUACUGUAACCCAUAGCAACCGUCACCUCGUUGACGACGCCGGUAGCCGGUUUGACACUGGUAGCAAUAGUAGAAUCAAAAUCGUACAAUUCCUCAAUCCGGGCGACAAUUCUGCCGCGGUCGCUGCCGCUGGCGAUGAUCCGGCCACGUGGAUACUCCUCGGUGGAACCCUAGCGAUGGUGGUACUGAUUGCGGCUCUGGCCUCGCUCGCCCUUCUGCUGGCGGCCCUGGUUUUCCUACUCGGGAACCACGGGACCCUCACUCAAUUAUUCGCGGUGACUGAUUACAAGUUAAGAAAAUAUGUUCACAUUUUCAUAAAGAAUUUUAAAUUGAUUAACGAUGCGUAGACACACACAUUGACAUCCGUUACCGUUACAGUGUGGCCAGACGAACGUAGAAGUAGUACAACAACGGAAACCGAACAGGCGAAGUAGCAAAAUAAAGAGGCUGGUUUUAACGAUUGAACUAAAACAAUACACUCUUCUAGUGACGGCAUCAAAAAAACUUAGGAACUUUUUUAGUGUUUUCCCUUUUUUAUAAAAACUUAUCAACAUGGAAAAACGUUGAAUUUUUAUCUUUCUGAGAUAAGUUAACGCAAAAAAAAAAAAACAAACAAAAAAACGUGUAUACUAAUCGAUAAAAAGAAAAAAGCGUGCGUGUAGUCAAGUUACUUAAAUUCAAUCCGGUUUCUAUUUACACAUGAUUGUACAUAACUGAUAGAUUUUAUUAGACUUCACCCCGGGAAACUGUCAAAACGGAACAGCUGUAAAUAAUUUUAGAACCGUCAUAUGUCACUCAACUGACAUCUCUUUCUAUCGGUUUAGUUUAAAAACACACACAUGUAGGCAUCGAAAGUACGUUUCACUAGUGUCAUUUUUCAUCGACAUUCAUCAUCAGAACAAAAACAGCAGCUCUACUUUACUUACCUUGCAAUAAUUAACAUAAUCUAGCGCAAAAACAAAGUAAAGAAAACCUAUUACGUAACCUUUAAACAAGCACACAUAUAACUUUUGAGCUAUAGUUAUAGGUAGUUUAAAAACCAAAAAUCCCAAACAGUAUCUCGAAACGAAUACUUGGAAAACAAAUCAAACAAAA